AUGAACAUGGUAAUAAGGCUGUGGGUGCUUUUGUCCCUUCUUGUAUCAAAUGUGUUUGCUAGACGUAGUUUGAUUGCUACCUCGUUGGUAUCAUGUAUGGAUAACUCUGAGUUAACGGCUAACAGUUUUGAUGUGGUCUUCAACCCGGAUGACGGAUCAUUGCGUUAUACUUUGGAUAUAACUACCGAUAUCAAUGGGUACGUCAUUGCUCAUGCUGAGGUGUACGCAUACGGAUUCAAUAUUAUUAACAGACAGAUUGAUCCCUGUGAUUCAGAUUGGAAACAGUUCUGUCCUUUAUACCCUGGAGUGAUUGAAAUCGAUUCAGUCGAAUAUAUAUCUGAUGAGUAUGUCGAUAUGAUCCCAGGGAUUGCAUACCAGGUGCCCGAUAUCGAUGCGUACCUUAAGCUUAUUGUGGUGGAACGUGAUACGAAUGGGAUCGUUGCCUGUAUUCAAGCUUUCUUUUCUAAUGGGAAGACAGUCUCGCAAACGGGUGUCAAAUGGGCCACUGCUGUUAUCGCUGGUAUCGGGUUGUUGACUUCUGCAUUGCUAUCCGCCUUCGGUAACUCUAACGCUGCUUCACAUGUGGCUGCCAAUACUAUGUCGCUUUUCUUGUAUUUCCAAUCGGUGACUGUGUUCGCCAUGGAACAUGUUAACACUGUGCCUCCUAUCGCCGCUGCUUGGUCCGAAAACUUGAUGUGGUCCAUGGGAUUGAUCCGUGUCACUUUCAUGCAAAAAAUUUUCAGAUGGUAUGUUCAAGCCACUGGUGGCACUCCGACUCUAUACUUAACCUCAAAGACAAUUUCUGUUUUGGUUCAAAGAUCCCUAGAAUAUCUGGAAAGUACCCGCAUCUAUAAGCGUGCGGCAGAAGUCUUGUAUGGUAAUUCCAACGUUCUAAUCUUCAGAGGUAUUAAACGUUUAGGUUACAGUGCCAACAUCGAAAUUACUUCUAUCGUUGCUACUGGGUUAACAUUCUUUAUAUUAUGUGGGUAUUUCCUAUUUGGGUUGAUCAUUUGCGCCAAAUAUGUCGUCGAACUAUGUAUCAGAGCCGGAUGGUUGAAAAACUCGAGGUUCAUCGAUUUCAGAAAGCAUUGGAAGAUCAUAUUGAAGGGUGCUCUUCUGCGUUACAUUUACAUUGGUUUCAUUCAAAUUACUAUUUUAUGUUUCUGGGAAUUUAUUCAAAGAGAUUCGCCGGCUCUCAUUGUAUUGAGUUGUCUAUUCAUCAUUAUGGUUUAUGGUAUCCUCGGUUAUGUGUCACUCAGAACAAUUUCUUUUGCUAAACGAUCUAUUCAGUUACACAACAAUCCAGCUGCUAUUUUAUAUGGUGACCAGAGGGUCUUGAACAAAUACGGUUUCUUCUAUACUAUGUUUUCCGCCAAUUAUUAUUAUUGGUCCUGCGUUAUUAUGGCCCAAAACUUUGUCAAAGGUGCGUUCAUCGCAUUCGCGCAAGCUUCAGGUAAAACUCAAGCUCUUGCUUUGUUUAUUAUUGAUUUGGCCUACUUCGCAGCCAUCAUCAAAUUCAAACCAUAUUUGGAUCGUGCCACAAAUAUCCUCAACAUUUUGAUUUCAACAGUCACCUUAGUGAACUCAUUCCUAUUCUUGUUUUUCUCUGAUUUGUUUGGGCAACCUCAGCCAGUGGCCUCGAUUAUGGCUUGGGUCUUCUUCAUUAUGAACGCUGCAUUCUCUUUGAUUUUAUUGAUUCUAAUUCUUGUGUAUGUGGGCUUUGUCAUCUUUUCGAAGAACCCUGAUGUCAGAUUCAAACCAGCGAACGAUGACAGAACAUCAUUCCAAAGACAAUCCGCGAAUGUGGGUGCUAUGGAUAAAUCUGUCGCUGAUGAACUAAUGGCUCUUGGCACUGUCGCUAAAGAACAUGAUGGGGACUGGCAGGAGAUGCUAGUUACCCAGGGUCAACAAAACACCGAAUCAAGCACAGAUAAUCUUAACGAUGAAAAACUCGAGGCAGCAGAGGAAGCUAAUAUUAGUAGGAAACAUUCAUUCAAGGAUAAGAUAUUGCGUAAAAUGUCAUUGAGGAGAAAUAAAUCCACUUCGUCCAGGUUAACCGCUGGUAAUAGACAAGCUACCGUCACUGCUUCGCAUCUUUCCGGUGACUCUAGCUCAGAAUCAGAAACGCCAAUCGUUAAAACUAUUAAAGGGACUCACACAAGAGCAGUGUCUGAGGCAGAAAACGGACUAAUAGAUAACAGUAGUGAUUUUGAUUUUGUUACUGACACACAACUCGAUACUCCAACAGCUUCACCCCAUCGUAAAACUUCGAUAAGUGAUAGCAUAAAUUUCAAUAGUACUACGGAUAUGAAUGCUACAUCCUCAACAGAUAUUUUCCAACAUAACAAUAACUCCUACUACAAGUUGUAA